CAUUAAAGAUGCACUCUCAAAACAUCGAAGGCUUCAAUUCCAAUCCACACGAUGCCACCAAAAGAGAAAUUUGUACAUUGUACCGUUUGCCAAGCGAGGACAUCAAAAUUUACAGUGAUCAAGGGAGAUCGUCUGUGCGGUGACUGUCUGUCGAGUUGCAAAAAUCAAGAAGGCAGCGUUUCCGCUUUCAUGGUGGAAUUUAUAGACCAAAGCCUACUUGAAAGUAGUAAACCAGCGACUACUUCGAUGCAACCUGGUCCAGAGGUAAAGAUCGAGACCGCUGCUGAUGAGGAUAAAAUCGGAGAUGCAAUUGGCAUCUACAGAGUUGGGUCCCUUCCGGAAGGCGUGGUUGUACAGAUCGAAAAUGAUAUAGGCAGCGGUAACGCGUCUCUUACGAUGCGACAUGGUCAAGAUUUCAACAAACCGACUGUAACAGUGAAAAUUGAGUUUGAUAACGACAUCGAUAACGACGAUUCCAGGGCACAGCCCGAUGAUCAACUAAAGGAACUUGGUGUAGAACCAAAAAUUGAAGAAGAACUAACCAUCGAGGAGCCACGUUUGACGGAUGUUCAGAAUACACAGGAACCGGUCGUCGAUGUCAAGUGUCUUCAAUGUGACAAAUGUUUCCAACAACGCAAGGCACUGCAGCAACACGUGAGGCGUAUGCACGAAGCUGAACCGGUCAACUGCGAUGUUUGCGGACUGGAGGUGACCAACACGGACAGGUUGAAAUACCACAAGCGUACAGUUCACGAUUCCCCAAAGCUGCAAUGCCCACACUGCCCGAAAAAGUUUAAAUUGACUAACGGUCUGAACAAGCAUAUGCUAUGGCACACUAGGCCUAAUAAAGACAGCAAAACUGGCCAUCUGAAAGUGGCGUGUCGAUACUGUGACCACAGGACUACCAGUAAAACGAUGCUCUACAAGCAUUACGACGAGUUUCAUGUGGACGACAGGAUGAAUCGUUGCCGCAUAUGCUUUCUUUGGUUUAAGGGGAGGGUUCCAUUUGAACAGCACGUCCAAGAAAAGCACCAGGGCCACCAACGACAGUGCGACAUCUGUUUGCAAGGCUACGAUGAACUACUAGAACUGGAGCAGCAUAAGGGAAAAUGUCUGGGUCGAGUCCUGUUCGAGUGUGCGACGUGUCUGAGGAGCUAUGUGAAAAAGGAUGGGCUGUUGAAGCAUUUCGCUAACCAUGAUGGAAUUACAGAAGAUCCCGAGAGUUUGUUCUCUGUAGUACGAAGCUUGCAGAAAAUCUUCAUCUGUGCCCUGUGCGGUGAUGACCGUGGAUACGAAGAAGAACCCUACAAUACUCAUGUUAAGGAAGCGCACAAUGGAUAUCAUCUGCUAUGUCCGGAUUGCGGAUCCAAGUUCCGUCAGCACAGAAGCUUCGUCAAUCACCGUUCCGGUCAGUGCCGGGUUGGUACCCGGGCUCAAGAGAAGGUCACCAGUCUAUACGCACCGGUCAAAUCCCAAUGCCCGCACUGUUCCAGAUGCUACAAGAAUCGCUGGGGAGUGGAGGUGCACAUCCGGAGGAUCCACAAAGCCAAACCGGCCGAAUGUGAUGUGUGUGGGUUAAAACUGGCCAGCACCAGUCUAGUAAAAACGCAUAAAAUUUCGGUCCAUACUGAACCGAAGUUUGAAUGUUCUCUCUGCCAGAAGAAGUUUUCCAGCAAAUACAACUACCAAAGCCAUUUGAUUUCGCAUCAGAAAGAGGGAAUAAAUCUGUGCGAACAAUGUGGAGGAAAGUUCAAGACCAAGUACAUUCUAAAAUUGCACAUCAAACGGGCCCAUGAGAACGGGACGAUAACGUGUGUUAAAAAGGACCCGCCUGAGGGACCUUCCACCAGUAAAGAGCACAUGUGCGAAAUUUGUGAAAAGUGUUUCAGUGGUCCGGUGAGACUACGGAUACACAUGAAGAUUCACGAUCCCAACAGGAAGCAAUACGGCUGCGAGAUGUGCGACGCAAAAUUCCUGACGAGGAUUGGACUGAAGCAGCAUAUGGCAAACAAGGACGCGCACCAGGAGGCGACAUGCUCCGUAUGUAACACAUUUUUCAAAACCAGAGAACGAUACGAUGAGCAUAUGUUGAAGCACGUGGAGCAUGAAGUGCAAGAAUGA